AUGGAUUCUUCGAGUGUGAAACACAUYCCAGUCUCUUCCCCAUACACUUUCAACAUGAAUAGAAUCCACGUCCCUCCAAAARUCCUGGUGCCACCCGUUUUCUACCCUGCGAGCUGGGAAAGGGAAGGGAGCUCUUCCUCYGGCCCUGAUGAUUCCCAGGAAUCCGACUCUGAGAGCCUGGGUAAGGAGAGGCAGAGCCAACAGCAGAGGAUCCUGGAAAAUGAGGAGCUGGUGGGGCUGGCUCCUGAUGACAGCCUGGAGAAUGACAGCUUGGAAGAGGACAGCUUGGAGGAGAUGAGUUCUGAAGAAAAAGAAGCUGAGGAUGACACARAAAUGAAAGGAAAACAAAAAAAUAACAGCAGUGAAAGGAUAAAACAGCCUGUGGACAAAUAUUCCAGCCUAAGGUAYGAUCCUGAUUGGAAAAGCACAGAAAAGGGAGCAGAACUUUUUGAGGCAGCAAAACCAUCCCAACUUUCUGGAGGARGCAGUGGGGACUUUUCAGUGAAUUCGUUUUACCUCCAUUCCAAUGGAGGAGAAAAGAAUCAACAGGAGGCAAAGAUCCAAGAUUCAUUCUCAGAGUUUGAUCCAGAAUUAUUCAGCUUUCAUGGAGCAAAUGUUGUGGCCAGCAAUGAAGCUCUUGGGCCACAAGCCAAAAGAAGGGAACCUGCAGAUGCCUUUCACUCCAAAGAUAGUCCUGGCCRUGCUCCUCCUCCUCAAAUUCAACAAAAUCCACCCCAAAGAGCAAAAAAAAACUUUGUGAAAAAAAAUAAACGGACUUUAGGGUUACAGUCAGAGAGGAGAAAUUCAUACCUUGAGCUGCACAAUAAAAAGCAGCAAGUUCUUCAAGGGCAGGUUACAGAUCCUGCACCAGUUGAGGAAGAACCACCCCAAAAUAUCCCACCACUCCAGACUGGGACACCGAAGCCUGAAGACAAAUGGUACCCAAAAGGACAGCAGCUCAAGGAGCAGCACAAGAUCUCCCAGAGAAAUAAAACAGAAUCCAACCAGACUCUCAAUGAGAGAGCAUUUCCAAGGAAUGAUGGCCAACAACCCUCAGGAAGAGCAGCAGAACCAAAGUCUUCUCAUCACCUGCAAAUCCCAGGAUUUCAGGCUGCUCCCACUUCAGCAGAGCAGGACAGCAGCAGAGCUCUGCAGGAAURUCUGAAUCCAGGUUCUACCAUCAGCCCUGACCCAACAGAAAAACCCAAACCUGGCUUAAAUAAUCUCCCAACUUCAACUCCCACAUCCACCUGUCCUUUGCCCCCAAUAUUCCCCAAUUUUAACCCAGCUGAGGUUUUGUACUCGGUGUAUCCCAGCAAGGAGAGCUGGAAUUACCAGCAGGAUUCUYCAUACGGAAUUCCACAUGAGCAGCAAUAUUUCACCAACCACUUCCCUGGGCAGAAUUUUUCCAGGGAUGUCAGCACUGGUGGUCAGGCACAUCCAAACCUGAGGAAUCUUUCAUCUUAUUUUAAUGGUGGUUUUGAAGAAAGGGUGAAGGAUCCAGCAUCGCUUCAAGAUUUUAAAAAUCAUAUUCAUGAGGAUAACAGCUCACCCACAGCCUCCUGUGGAACCUCCGAAUGUCCAGAACUGCCCGAGCGUUACGUGGCACGGAGCUCUGGUUUGAGGGGAGAGGAUUUUACUGAUAAAUGGAUUUGGAGUUUGCUGCCCCCUGGCCUGUCCCAGCUGCAGGGGGGAUCCCAGGGAUAUCCAGGAGGAGCUGAGGGAAAUCCUGGGAAAAUGAGGCGAAGCAGCUCGGAAGGAUCCGUCCUGCAAAUGGAAAAGCAAAACCAACCCAAAGGCAGCAAGAAGCUGUGCAGCUCGAAAUUCUACAUCAAUGUGAAUAUGAAGCUUGGGGGCCUUGGACCUGACUAUGAAGCAAUCAAAGAGAAAAAACAGAAGGUAAAGCUGCAAAAGGAAUAUUCCCAGCAAAUUAAGGAAUAUAACAUGAAAAAUAUUACUGUGAUGCAGAGGUCACCCAUGAAACUYCAGGUACCUUCAGUGUCCAGGCAGAAGGCACUGGAUUAUGCCAAGAAGAUUCCAAGACCAAAGACUUUCACUGCAAAACAACCAGAGCAAGAGGUGAAAGAGGAAAAGGUUCUGCCCCAGGCUCAAAGUGGAACCAGUUUACCCCAAAUCCCAUCCCUGGAAACGCUGUGGAACAGACACGAGAAGGAGAAGGAAGUUGUGGCUGCUUUCAAAGCCCUUCAUAUCYUAUAGGUAUUGGGGAUAUC